AUGGUGAAGAUAUGCUGUCUUGGUGCUGGAUAUGUCGGUGGCCCAACCAUGGCUGUCAUUGCACUGAAAUGCCCUGCUAUUGAAGUUUGUGUCGUCGACAUUUCAGUUCCACGCAUUGCAGCAUGGAACAGCGAUCAGCUCCCAAUUUAUGAGCCAGGCCUUGAUGAUGUGGUCAAGCAGUGCCGUGGCAGGAACCUAUUUUUCAGCAAUGACAUUGAGAAGCAUGUUGCUGAGGCUGAUAUCAUCUUUGUCUCUGUCAACACACCAACCAAGACCCGUGGUCUUGGGGCUGGCAAAGCUGCAGAUCUAACCUACUGGGAAAGUGCAGCCCGCAUGAUAGCUGAUGUGGCCAAGUCUGACAAGAUUGUUGUUGAGAAGUCCACUGUCCCUGUUAAGACUGCAGAGGCCAUUGAGAAGAUCUUGACACACAAUAGUAAGGGAAUCAACUUCCAGAUCCUCUCAAACCCAGAGUUCCUUGCAGAGGGCACAGCAAUUGAGGACCUUUUCAAGCCUGACCGUGUGCUCAUCGGUGGUCGGGAGACUCCAGAAGGCCAGAAGGCUGUUAAGGCUCUGAAGGAUGUCUAUGCCAAUUGGGUCCCUGAGGAUCGCAUUCUCACAACCAACCUAUGGUCAGCUGAGCUGUCCAAGCUUGCAGCAAAUGCCUUCUUGGCUCAGAGGAUCUCUUCAGUGAAUGCGAUCUCAGCUCUAUGUGAGGCUACUGGUGCCAAUGUUUCAGAGGUGGCCUAUGCUGUUGGCAAGGACUCGAGGAUCGGACCCAGAUUCUUGAAUGCUAGUGUUGGUUUCGGAGGCUCCUGCUUCCAGAAGGACAUCCUCAACCUUGUGUACAUCUGCGAGUGCAAUGGAUUGCCUGAGGUUGCAAACUACUGGAAGCAGGUUAUCAAGAUUAACGACUACCAGAAGAGCAGAUUCGUGAACCGUGUGGUGUCUUCCAUGUUCAACACUGUAUCUGGAAAGAAGAUUGCAGUGCUUGGCUUUGCAUUCAAGAAGGACACUGGUGACACGAGGGAGACUGCGGCCAUUGAUGUCUGCAAGGGCCUUCUUGGAGACAAGGCCAAGAUUAGCAUCUACGACCCACAGGUGACUGAGGACCAGAUCCAGCGUGAUCUUGCAAUGAACAAGUUCGACUGGGACCACCCAAUCCACCUGCAGCCAAUGAGCCCAACUGCAGUGAAGCAGGUCUCUGUGACCUGGGAUGCCUAUGAAGCCACCAAGGGCGCACAUGGUAUCUGCAUCCUGACUGAGUGGGAUGAGUUCAAGGCUCUCGACUACAAGAAGAUCUAUGACAGCAUGCAGAAGCCAGCGUUCUUGUUCGAUGGCCGCAAUGUAAUUGAUGCUGAGAAGAUGCGGGAGAUUGGCUUCAUUGUUUACUCCAUAGGGAAGCCCCUUGACCCCUGGCUCAAGGAUAUGCCUGCUGUGGCUUAA